AUGCCGCUCGAAGAGAUCAGUCCAAAUGUUCAGAAAAAAGCAUCUCAAGAUGACGGCAAACGAGACACGGCCACUCAUACAUCUACCGCCACCUCCCUGAGAUCCAGUGCCGUGCAGUCCAUGCUGAGAACCACCACAGAAAUUGGUGACACUGGCCCCUUUGCUGUCCGCCCUCCUCGGAUUCCUCGCUCAGGCUCUCGUUUGCAGUCAUCUAGACCACGGUCCGGUUCCUUCGAUACCUCUUUUGCCUCUCAGCUUCGACAUCAACGAUCUCCUCACCGCAGACGUUCACAUCGCCGACACGGACCCCGGCAAGUGCCUUCGUCCUCGGCGCUGUCCGGCCGUGAGACCAUAAAUUCCGCCUCUACAUCAUAUCAUUCUGGCCUUCGAUCCAAAAGAGCUGGUCAUCGGCAUCGUGCACAUGGCCUCCAGGGGCUCGGCCCAGAAAGACAUGGACUUUACACACACCGUUCGCUCAUUACGCUGCGCGGUCAGCGGGAUUACCAAAGUAUACAUGCAAAUUCACCGAUGACACAUUCUCACCAGGGGAGGAGGCAUGGCAAUAGAACCUCGUCUCCAGCACUCAGCGAUGUACAUGGCUAUCGAUAUGGAGGGAGACAGAUGUAUCCUAGGGUCCCGAGUGCCGGGACGGUUGGCUCCUCGCCCAGCAUGCUCUCUGUGCGACAGGGAAUGGUCGGCUAUCGUCCAGAACUGAACAACUCCUACUCCUCCUACGCACGAUUCCCUUCACCUGCGGUGUCCAUGGGGAACGUGACUGCUCCACAGAGAUAUCCUGCAUGCAGAACAGGUACCCCUAUGUCCAUGUCCUUGCAAAACGUCCGGGGAACUUGGAACAAUAGUCAAAACUCACAAAAAGCUCUACCAAAAUCUCCAACCGAGUCAACAGCGCCCAAUUACUAUGACUAUUCAGAAUCCUUUUUGGAGGAGGAAGAUUGUUUCUCGCCAGCCGGGGAAGAUUCGGGUGCAGGUCCGCCAUUUACAAUCGACCAGACUAUUCUUGGACCAGAACGCCGUCAUGCACAGUCUCCAUUCGGCACUUUGCCUGGCUCUGUGUUCAAGCCUGCAGAGCUCCCUACCGAGCAUAAUCGAAGAGCAAGUGAGCAAUCCAAGUAUAGUUAUGUUGGGGUCAUUCCACCGCGAAAGUCGAGUCUUGGAGCCACCACAACCCCGAUGAGAAACGGAAGCCUUGCUCAAAGACCCAUACAACGAUCCGCCACGACAGAGCCCAUCGUUCUCCGGAGAAGUUCCAAAGAAGAGAAUUAUCACCCUAGAAUCUCAACUGCAUCGCGUCGCACCGCUACUUCAACUCAUGCCAGUGCUUUCUUCAGUAAUGCAUGCCGGAGCCCUCGAGAUCUUACAACACUUGCUGCCCGAGUUCACUCUCCUGGGUGUGAUGAGAAAACUUCUACCCGUCUCAUACCUAACACUUUGCAAGCCUACGAGUCCGACAUUGGUCUCCAAAAGGGGUCAGCUCAACAUCGUGUCCAAACAUUGCCAGCAUGGGAAUUGCCUUCUCUCGAAUUUCGACCGCUCUCAUUUGAAGCCUAUGCUUCUGAGGUUCGCGGACGACCUAAAACAUCUGGUGAUGCUCAAAAGAAAUCCCCAACUCAAAUUCUAUCACCCAUGCCGGAGCGUCCAAUGUCAUCUCAAAGUCGAAAGAGAUUCAGCCGCAUUUUCGAUAUAGAAGAGUCAUUUAUCGGAGAAGAAACCAAGGCGAUAUCCGAGGUCAAGACUUUUGCCAGGCUCAGUGCUGUAACUGAGCAGCCCGACCUUCAGAGUCUCGAGGUUGCGUCUGCCAUUCCUCCAGCUUCGGAACGUAACUGUCAGGAGAUCAAUGCCAGUUUUACUGACAUCACAAUUCAUGACAAGUCAACGGUAGAAUCGCUUUUAGAUCAUCAUAUCGAGUGCUUGGGUCUGGGUGGAGAGCCGGAAAGCCCUUUGACAUCCUCCGUUGAGUUGGAUCAACUUGACGAAGCUUGUUCUGUCAAAACAAGCGACUGCCAGAAGACAGAGAUAAUCCCAUCUAACUCAACUGUCAGACCAACAACAUCCGGCUCCUACCAACCGUCGAGUCUUACCAGCUCCGAAAGACAAAGGCUGAUGCCUCGACGACUGUUUGCAAGUAUGGAUGCAAGAAUGAGUCACAAUCCUGUAUUUCUGCCGACUGCUUCGAGUUUUGAUAAAGAGCCUUCUUCUGUUAUGAAUUCCAGGCCUGUGACCAACGAACUCUCCUUUGGCUGGCAGACUCUUCCUUCAACCAGCGCAAUCGCCUCCCUGGCGUCUGCUACCAAGAUUUCAUUGACUUCUGGAGAUCUUGCAGACGUUGACUCAGACCCUCCCUUCAACAAAUUCAAGAUCAGGCGGGUUUCUAAUAUAUCAGCGAGCACAACAGAGUCGUUGAAUCUCGACAUUGAUGCAAGUCCCACGGGGCCAUCACCGAGCAGUCGAAUAUCAAAGAGCGACCUCGUCACAAAGCAAGACUGCCAUCGUCGGCGCCGUGCUCGGAUUCUGUUAAAAGCCAAAAGGAAAUCAAGCUGUCUCGACCCAGUCACAGAUGAUGACCACAUGUCUCAACCGCCACUCGACGCUAGCCCAGAGGACGAAUGGGAAACUACUGAAUCGCCUGAGGAUAUCACUUUGAAGUCUCCAGUGGCCGGAUAUGCUGAAUUGAGUGGUGAAUCGGUGAUUGCUCAACCACCCACUACAGUAACCAGUGGAAGUGUUCAGAUCUCAUCUGCGGCCCCCAAAAGAUGGAGCAAUAUGCUCGCUGCGAUGCCGGAUCCGGUGAAGAAGAGUAUUGACAUCGUGAGGAAGGUUUCCGUCCGGACUAUGCGUUCUCAUCAAAGCAACACAAGCAUCGCCUAUCCAGUGAACAGUACGCGUAUGAGCUCGCAACUGCCACGGUCAGGAUCAGUGCCUCAGUUAGCACCUCCGGAAUUCGGACCUCCACUGACAUCUUCCAAUCUUGAUCUGACACUUCGUCUACCUGAAGCACUGCCCACUACUCGACCACCAUUACGUCAAGCUCAGAGCUUCUUCUCUGACGACAGCUCUGCGCAAUACUCAAAGCAUGUCAUGAGAAAACGAUUCGACCUUCACAGCAUACGGAGUGGUUUGACACGAUCUGCCGGGAUGUUGGGCACUCGAGGUAGCACAGCUCGACAUACUGAAGUGAGAUUCAGCCCGUCGGUUCAUGUGAAUCGGAGGUCGUUUGAUACUCCGCAAUCAUUGUUUGGCGACACCGUCCCCAUGACUGAUUUUGCGUUCAAGAAGCGGAAAGUCCUAGAUCGAUUCAAAGACUGGUUGAAAAGGCAUGCAUGCAAGAAACGCGGACAUCGUUAG